AUGAAAGUGGCUGCUAGUGAUGAUCUUGCCUUGGAAAAAUCCUUAUUCGGUGCUCGUACAACACCAUUGAGCUGCAAUACAAUGAUUUAUAAUUAUGGCCCACCGGGAAUGGUUCAUCAAGAUGAUAACUAUGAAUAUUCGAAUUGUGGUGGUUAUGGUUUAACAAUAAAUGCAAAUUAUCACCGUAUUUAUGAUAGACAUGAUAUACCGGCUGUUCAACUCUAUAAAGUUGGUUCAAUAGCAUAUGCAAAUCCCAAUGAUUUAAAUGGUAAACCAACAGGUUCUGUAUCAGCUGAUCCAGAACGUUGUUGUGUUCCACAUCAAUACACUUCACAAAUUAGUACAUCAACAGGACUGUUACUCCCCGAUGGAAAAACAUAUGCGUCAUAUGCAUAUUAUAAUUAUACGUAUGAUGCUGAUCGUGGAAUGAUUGCAAUGAAAGGUGUUGCAUCUGUUUUACCGAAUCAACAGAAAACAAAUUUAUGGGUUAUUGAAAAUAUGAAAACUGGACAGAUCUAUACGUUUUACGAAGACUUAAAAAGAUGUGACAAAGCAGUAGAAACACUUAGACCAGUUCAAUGCAUAUUAGACACAGCAACUUUUAUACGUUCAUUUACAUAUGGAUACGGCUCAAAAGAAAUUAUUGGUGAUACGUGGCUUAUUCCAGGUGAUGGUUUUAUAAAUUAUGUCACAGUUAGCCGCGAUGGUCUUUGUGUACCAUUGACUUUAUAUGUUUUCUUUCAAAAACCUUCAACACCUUCAAUGGUCAAUUCAAUCACAACAACCGACUUUGUUCCGGAUAUCCUUGAUCCAAGUGUCUUUGAUAUUCCACCGGAAUGUCAAGCACUUCUUUAG